UCUAAAACCAAAGGUCAAAUUUAUAAAAGAUUUAACGUCAUAACUUGACACCUGUUCUGAGAGAUCAGCUUACAAAUCCUCACUCCACCAGACUGAGUGUUUACGAUACAGCUGCUUAAUUUUCCUUGCCUUAGUGCAUUUCUUUCUUUUGUCUUCUAUUUAUUUCUGCGUGGCUUCUCUAUCAUCAGUCGCAAUGGAGGAGGUGUGGCCUUUCUAACAGUUAGCUCCAGUGAAGGAGACAUGGCUUCUCUACCUGUCCGUCCCAGUGAAGGAGACAUGGCUUCUCUACCUGUCCGUCCCAGUGAAGGAGACAUGGCUUCUCUACCUGUCCGUCCCAGUGAAGGAGACAUGGCUUCUCUACCUGUCCGUCCCAGUGAAGGAGACGUGGCUUCUCUACCUGUCCGUCCCAGUGAAGGAGACGUGGCUUCGCUACCUGUCCGUCCCAGUGAAGGAGACAUGGCUUCGCUACCUGUCCGUCCCAGUGAAGGAGACAUGGCUUCUCUACCUGUCCGUCCCAGUGAAGGAGACAUGGCUUCUCUACCUGUCCGUCCCAGUGAAGGAGACGUAGCUUCUCUACCUGUCCGUCCCAGUGAAGAAUAAAUGGCUUCUCUACCUGUCCGUCCCAGUGAAGGAGACAUGGCUUCUCUACCUGUCCAUCCCAGUGAAGGAGACAUGGCUUCUCUACCUGUCCGUCCCAGUGAAAGAGGCAUGGCUUCUCUACCUGUCCGUCCCAGUGAAAGAGGCAUGGUUUCUCUACCUG